CCUGGCCUCUCCCGCCCACGCUCGCGUCCGCGGAGGGCGUGGCGCCCGUAGCCCCUGCCCACUGACGUCGGCGCGCCGACGUGACGUGCUGACGCGGCGCUCUGGGCGCCUCCGCCCUCCCGGGCUCCAGUCCGGCGGCGGGAGGCUUGGGGAGGCGCUUUGGUUUGUGGUAGCCGCCGUGGUGUGAAGGCGAGAGGCCGGUGGGAAGGGUCGGCCCUUGUAGCCUCGUCUUCCGGGUUUGCGGCUCCCCGUCCCAGAUGGACAGGGUGUGCGCCGUGUUCGGAGGCUCCCGGGGCAUCGGCAGGGCGGUGGCCCGCUUGAUGGCCCAGAGAGAUUACCGACUGGCCAUCGUCGCCCGGAAUCUGCAGGGGGCCAGAGCCGUGGCCGGGGACCUGGGCGGAGAUCAUUUGGCAUUGAGCUGUGAUGUUGCCAAAGAACAUGAUGUUCAAAAUACAUUUGAAGAGAUAGAGAAAAACUUAGGUCGAGUUAAUUUCUUGGUAAAUGCAGCUGGAAUUAACAGGGAUAACCUCUUAGUAAGGACAAACGCCGAAGAUAUGCUAUCUCAGCUUCAUACUAACCUCUUGGGCUCCAUGCUGACCUGUAGAGCUGCCGUGAAGACAAUGAUUAAACAGCAGACAGGGUCCAUUGUGAAUGUGGGAAGCGUUGCAGGUGUAAAAGGCAGUUCUGGCCAAUCCGUGUACAGCGCCAGCAAAGGCGGGCUAGUUGCAUUCUCACGCGCUCUUGCUAAAGAAGUAGCAAGAAAGAAAAUUAGAGUGAAUGUAGUUGCGCCAGUACGUCAUCAUCAUCAGGCACUUCUCAGAGGUGCUGGGACAGGAGCAGGGGACCCGCACUGUUACUCAGCCCUGGAGCAGCGCCGCCCAGGAGGGCGUGACCUCGGUCUGACGGGACUCAGGGGGCCGGGACGCUGCAUCUGUACUAAAACCACAAGAGAAACUUCUCACUUAAAAGUCAGUUGUAUUUAAGUUAAGAACUCUCAAGAGCUGAAUGUAAGAAUUUCAAGUAAGUGGGCUGGGGAGUACUGGUAGCAUACACCCUGCAGGUGAACAGGUCCAAGUUGUGUCCCUUUGGAGAACUGUUGCCAUUUUCAUUGUCUUUCUCCUCUUCUUGGGACGUUUCGUUGAUUUGCUGCUCACUGGGAUGCAGUCUUUGUUAAUUUAGACUUUGUCAGUUUGUCAAAGCAGAACUUUCCAAGUAAUGCAUCUUUUACCUAGUGUAUUCCAUACGUCUAGAUUAAAGAAAUAACACAUCUAUAUAUCUAAAAUAUCUGAAUAGCUCUAUAAUACAGUGUGCUUUUAAUAACAGUGUGAACCAGAGGAGAUAAUCCGACAAGGCUAUGUAGAUGAUGUCAUUUGCGCAUUUCAUGCAGUAAUCCCCUACAAUAACUGACGUACUGAUGACCUCAGAGACACUGCUGGUUCGGUUCCAGGCACGGCAGUAGAGUGCAUGUCACAAUGAAGCAAGUCCACAAACCUUCUGGUUUCUCAGUGCAUGUAUAAGCUAUGUUUACACUGUACUAUAGUCUAUUAAGUGCGCAGUAACACUAUAUCUAUAAAAACAGUGUUCAUACCUUAAUUGAAAAAUACUUUAUUGCUAAAAAAUGCGAACCAUCAUCUGAGCCUUCAGUGGUCAAGUUGUAGUGCUAAUAUCAAAGACCACUGAUUACAGAUACCACAGCAAAUACGGUAAUAAUGAAAACGUUUGAAAUAUUUUGAGAAUUACCAAAACGGGACACAGAGACAUGAAGUGAGCAAAUGCUGUUGGAACAAUGGCGCCAAUAGACUUGCUUGAUCCGGGGUUGCCAAAAACCUUCAACUUGUAAAAAAACGCAGUGUCUGCAAAGUGCAAUAAAACGAGGUCUGCCUGUACUCCAGAAAGCCAGUGUUUGUACAGAGAAAGAAUGAUCAGAGGUCACAUAUGUUUGUUUUCAAAAUGGAGAAGAUGCCUUUCACUGGGUGUCACUGUGCCCCAGAGAGCUACCCCUUAUUCACGUUAGAAUUUCAACACAAAGAAGAAUUUGAAGGAAAAAAGAUAUUUUACAAAGACUCAGGAGGAAGAAACGUCUUUUGAAAAGUCACUCUGGGAAGUAGUAGGUUGUAACAGUGAUUUUAGCUGUGGUUGCCUCUUUAGCGAGCGAAGGGGGCGCUCUGAGGCCUGCUGUGUGAUGGUGCGGGGGGGGGGGCAGUGGUGGCACGUGGCAACAGAAGUGAGGGCACGCACGCCGGCCCCCGCAGGUUCUAGCCCGUGUGCAGGAGGUAUUCCUCAGAGGAACUCAGGCUGCUAAAAUCCGACCUGUUUGGGAGUGGCCAACAGGGAAGGUGGUUAGAGAGGUGGCAAUUUAACGAAUCUUCAGGAGUAGAAGUCACGGGGAGCGGGGAGCUCGCAGUAGAGCUGGCCGCCUGUGGAGAAUCCAUCAGGAACACUGGUGUUCUUGUGAAGCCUGUAGGAAGACCAAGCCAGCAGGGCGCAGAUCACCUGGAAGACAAAGCAAAUGUGAUGUGGGCUCAGUGCCACGGCAGUCAGAGCCUCCUGAAGAAGGCGAGGGGGACGUGUUAUAAAGUGCACCUGUUCCUUUCACUGUGCUGACUAGGGGCGUUCCACACGAGUUGAAAGUAUUGAUGGAUUAAAUAGGACGCAAAGCCAAUUUAGCCUGGUUGGUUUGUUACAGGUAAUGGGAAAAUAUUGAAACAGAAUGAUAGUUUAGGAUUAUAGUUUAGGUUGCUAAAGGCUAAAGAAAUUCUCCAACUUGUGCUAAGACUUUUAAAAUAAAUUCGAAUGUACAACUUACAGCUGGUUUGUUGCUUUUCAAAUUAGUUGCCCCAGUUUGUAACCAAGUUUAUUCCGUUUGGUAGCGGUCUGCACCCAUGAACACAAAGCAUUCUACAAACGACUGAAGUCCCACUUUAAACUUAGAUUUCCACUGUGUGCCGAGUGACCUUCAGGGCAGAAGGGAGAGGGGGUGGAGUGACUGGGGACGCACUCCUUCAAGGCAGAGCUGCAGAACCAGCCUCCGCCUGGACCAGAACAGGUGCAGGAUUAGGAGGAAAAACUUUUGCUGAAGCGCAAUUCAAAAAGGUUACAUUGCCCCAAAGCUCCAGUUUUAGACACACGUCUCCGUUUCUGAUGUCCACACGUUUUGAGGCUCCUGGGAGUAACUGAAACAGCCAGCGAGCACGCAGGCGCCAGAAGACAGCACUGUGGGUGCACGGAGUCCACAGGAUGGUGGGAGCAGGUGCGAGCGCUUCAGAGUAUGUACGUGAAAACGUGUCAGGUGCUCCCAAACGUGGAAGGCAAAGUCUCCGUGACUGUCCUGACACUGUCCUGUCGGACUAGGCCAGAACCACUGAUAGUGUUAGUACUAAGUACGGUGCUUCUAAGAUGAGUCAGAAACGUACCAGGUAGCGUCCCAAGGUGUACAAACCAGUUAAGCACAUAUAAAGUUAGUACUGGUCCAGUUAGAAAUACAAAAUGAAAAUUAUGGAAGCUGCCUCAAAUAUCUGGGGUUCCACAAAUUUACAAGCAGACCUGUGUAACAAAGUAGACUCUAGUUUUAAGGAAACAUUGCAGUUCAGUAUUCCAAACACAGUCUCAGGUCCCAGCGGUAACCUCAGAAAUCACUUGUCUGGAGAGUAGAACCAUUUAUAUGUUUGUACAAAUUUGCAGAUAACAAAAUAAGCAAAAAAGUAGGAAAGACCUGUCCAAGGCUGACGUUUAGUCUGGUUGUUUUUUUUUUUCCCAAAAGAGUUGACAAGUCCACGAAUUGAGCAGGUUGAUAUCCGGCUGUUGGUUCUCGUGUGAGCUGUGUGGCAGUGGAGCCGGUCCCAAGCUGCUCCCUGGAGGUGUAGACAGAGAGCUGGGGUGGCUCACAGCACACGGGGGACACGAGAGUGUGGCGGCGUGAGAAAGUGUGCACUUUGCCUAGCCCAGAUGCAUGUCAGUGCACGCACACACACACGCACACACACCACAAACAUACAUGCUUAUGUAUUUGUCAGACGUACACACAUUUGUGUGUUUAUCUAAAACUUAUUAAAAUAACUAUUGAUUAUGGUUUUUUUUUUAUGGAGAAGGAAGCCUUUCAUUAGCCUGUGAAUUGAUACUCAUAGAUAGGAGUAGUUUAGAACCUGAAUACUUCUAAAAUGAUUAGAAAUAGUUCUAAAAUGAUCAGAAAAAGUUCUAAAAUGAGUAGUUCUAAAAUGAUUGCGAAAAAAAUCAAGUAAUGAACUGGU